UAAUUGAGUUUUUGCAGCCAAUCGAAUAAUCAAAUCAAAACUCAUUACAAUAAAAGCAAAAAGGCGGGCGCGAGAAAGGAAUUAGUGCAAAUGAAUUAAGGCAAUAAAACUAAUUAAGUUAUUAAACGAAUUAACAAAAUACACGACAAAAUAAACAAAAAGAGAAGGAAAAGUGCAAAAAUGUUUGGCUGCAUUUAUCAGCUUUGGGACUGGUUGGAGGCGCCGCCCCUCUUCACCGCCGGCACCAUGGACGCCAAGAAGCUGCAGCAGUUGCAGGAGGCAGCGAUCCUGGCCCAGCAGCAGAAGAAGCUGCCGCUGGCCUACCAAACGAAUCUCGUCGACUACCGAACGGCGGCGUAUAGUCAGGCGUUGUACCAGCAAUCGCCCACGGCCACCAGUUCCAGCGGAGGGGGUCCGCUUUCGCCGAUUGACAUGCAGCCCCAGUCCAAACAUCACAACCUGAUGAAGCACGGUGGUCACCACGGAGGUGGCGGAACGUCUAGCAGUUCCCAUAGUUCGCCAUACCAUCAGUCGUAUUCGAGCAGUGGGGGCACUGCGGCCGGUGAGCAGCUAUAUCAAUCGCCCACGGAGCGAACCUACCUGGCGGCAGCGGGAAGAUUGCAGGCCAACAAUGCCAUGGCAGGACAUCAUCCCAUUUCGGCUCUGCAGACGCAGUAUCAGCAAUUGCAGGCGGCCAAAAUGCAGGCCCAGUUGGCCACCCAAAGUGAGGCCGCCCAGCAGCAGCAGCGGACAUUUGCCAUGCGACAGGCCAUGAACCCGCCCACAAAUCACUACCAUAUGAGUCAGUCCUCCAGCAUGGUGUCCAAUAUAACUGCUCUUAACCAGCAACAACAACAGCAGCAGCAGCCACAACAACAGCAGAGGGCACCUCCCUCUUCGCUUAAUUUGCAAAAUCAAUAUCAACCUGCUCAGGGUCCUCUGAAGCUGCAACAGCAACAGCAGCAGCAACCUCCAAUGCCCAAACACUACCAGGAGCAAUUGUACGCCCAGCAGCAACAGCUGCAACAACAGCUGCAGCAGCAACAACAGCAACAGCAGCAGCAGCAACAGCAAUUGCACCAACAGCAGCAGCAGCAGCAACAUCGCCACAAAAAUGACCUGCAAACUCCGGGCAGUGAACAUGGUACCGUGUACAUCCAACAAAAUCAUCCUGGUCAUGUGGUAAAUCAAGCCUGUCAGACCCAAAUAUCGGCGGUCAAGCCGAAGGCUACACCCAGUUCGGAAGAGUCCUCCUCGAACUCUGCCAAGAGUCCAACCCAUGCACCUUUGGAUCGCAAGAAGAGUGCCGGGUCUAUACAAGCCCUGAAGUCACCUAUUACCAAGAGACCACCCUCCACACCGGUUACCUUAUCGGGAUGGCUCCACAAACAGGGUUCAGAUGGUCUGAAAGUUUGGCGCAAACGUUGGUUCGUUCUGGCCGAGUACUGUCUGUACUAUUACAAGGGACCCGAGGAGGAGAAACUUCUGGGAUCAGUACUCCUACCAUCAUAUCGCGUAUCCGCCUGUUUGCCCGAGGACAAGAUCUAUCGCAAAUUUGCCUUCAAGUGCGAACAUCAGAAUAUGCGAACAUAUUGGCUGGCAGCAGAUAACUCCGAGGCCAUGAUGCAGUGGGUGAGAGCAUUGGCAGCGGCCAGUUUGAUGCAGGCACCCAGCAGUGGGGAAUCGGAGCCAAGUGUGAAUUCCUCGCUAAAUCACAGUGGCGAGAACUCUGAUUCAGGGAUUCACACAUUGCAAUCGCACCCCGGCAAGGGGCAGCCAACAGCAUCGUCGGAAAAUACGGGCAGUAGUGGGGGAGGCAGUGGACAGCCCCUCUAUGCAAAUGCACCACCCAAACCGAGACGCAUUAAUGAUGGGGGCUACUCCUCACCAUCACCAGAGCACAACGAACAGCAGCAACAGCAGCAACAUCCUAGUCGCCGCCUCAUGUCACCCACGCAGCAAAUCUACCAGCAGCAUCAGCAACACCAACGAUCUCAGCAGCAACAGCAACAACAGCAGCAGCAGCAACCACAGCAACAUCACGCCAUUUAUGAUACUCGAACGGGUCAUGUAUCCACAGCCUUGCAGUUGCAACAGGCCCAGCAGCAAUACUCAUUGGAUCAUCUGGAGGCACAGUUCCAGCAGCAACAAUUGGAUAUGGAGGAGCAGAUAGCCCGAUUGCAGCAACAACGGGCUGCCGAAGAGAUCUAUGGUGAGCGGGAAAUGUAUAUGGCCAAGCUAAUGCAGCAGCGGCAAGGUCCAAAUGGCACAUAUCCCACCCAGCAGCAAUUGUUGCAAGCGGAGCGAAGGACUCCCGAUGCCUAUGGGCGUUCCAAGCAGCAGCGACUCUUUGCAGCCGCAGCAGCAGCAGCGGAUUACGAGGAUAUCUACAACAUGUCGCAAUUGGCAGGUGUUGGUGGCGGAAUUCCCAUGUCCGCCCAAGAGGCACUACUUCAGGAGGCGGCCAGCUAUCGCCGACCUCUCAGUCCGCCCAGCUACGAUGGCAGCAAGCAUACGCCCGCGAUGCCGCAGCGGUACACGCCCAACCAUUUGGAGGCCAGUCCCGCUGAUCAACUAAUCAAUACAAUGGACUUGCGUGCCCGUUCGGCGGCGGCCAUUGUGCGUCCUCAUUCCGCGGAUUUCUUGGAGUACGAGGCGCGUGCCGAGGCAGCUGCAGCUGCUGCCGCCGCAGCGGUGGCCCAAAGUCAGCAGGAGAGCGGGCGUGCUCCGCGGCCCAAAUCCAGUUUGGAUAUCAAUCGAACACCGGAUAGCUUCUACUACUCAGAGGCCAGUUAUGCGGAUAAAAUGCGGAAGAGUGCUUUGUAUCUCCAGAGUGGUGGAGCUGGAGCAGCUCAACCUCAGCAGCCAGGAAGUUAUCGCACCGCUGCGGGAGAUUUCAACUCUGGUGUGAACACCAUUGGCUAUGAAAAUCCCUAUGAGAGGGCCUACAAGCGUCAGGAACUUCUGGCCGAGGCACAGGCACAGGGUGGAGCUGCCAGCAGCAUGCCGCGAAUGAGUCGAUCUGCCAGUCAGGGACGCUCGGUGGCCUCGCAGCUGCAGUCACCGGAGCAGGAGAAUCUUCCACCCUUGAAUGUCCAUCCCGGUUCGAUUUUCCCUCCCUCGAUGUCCACCCAGGAGAUCAUUAGCAAGAACGAGCAGUUCCUGCGCUCAGCCAGUGCCCGUCUACCCAAGAGAUCGGGUGGCAUGGAUGAUGACUAUUCGGCUGGCAAUUCGACGACAACCUCACCCACAGGUGGAGCUGGUGCGUCCAACUCUCCGCAACACAACCAGGAUGGUGAAAGGAAGCGUGAGGAGUCAAUGAAGCGACUGCUCGAAUGGAAACAACGCAUGUUGCAGUCACCUUUGACCCGCAAGGGCAUCCAACAGGGCGGCAGCAACAUGUCUGCCAUGUCCAAGCUGGGCAGCAAUCCGAACAUCCUGCUGGCAUCUACAGCUGUGGCCAGUGGAGCACGCUAUGCACCCCAGGCGGGUAAAACAGGGCUGGUGGGCAAUGGAAAUGGCAAUGGUCAGGGUGCUGGCAAUCUACCAUCUAACUCGGGAAUUCAACGAUCCCGAUCCGAGAGCCAAGCCAACGUUGGACCCGGCGGAGUGGUGUACAACAACUAUUCCUCGGAUGAUGAGGCUGUUACUGUGGAUGAUAACUUGUAUAGUGCGACGGCAGGAAGGUCAUCGUCAAAAGCAACAACAACGACAUCACAGGCAAUAGUAGCAACAACAACAGCGUUAGCAAUAACAAAUCUUAGCAGUGGCAAAGAUCUAGGGAGUCCCAUAUCAUCAUCAUCAUCAUCAUCUUUAUCAACGCCCAAAGCCGGCAAUGCAAAAUUCCAACUAAAGCCCAUUUUGAAAGUGCACGAGGCCAGCAAGACUCGCAUUAUUCAGGUGCAACCGAAAGAGCUGGAAGAGCGGCCGAAACUCAGAUUGCAAUUGCCCAAGGCGAUUGAAAAGGAGGAGCUGGAGGUGGAGGAGGAGGAGGGGAGGUGGGGCAGCAGCAGCAGCAGCAGCAACGCUCAGCAGGAUGUUGAGGUGGAGCCCGUACCCAUUCUGCCAAAGAAAACGGCCCCCAAGUCGCCGCAGAAUGCCAAUUAUGUGCCUGUGUACAACAAUAAGCUGGUUAGCAACUAUGAGAACAUGGAGUUUGGCAAGCCAAUCCCCGAAAGCAAAACCCAGGAUAGCAAUGCAGCGAUUACCGAUCCCGAUGAGACGCCCAUGCUGAUGCAACUCAAGUUGUUCAAAGAGCAGCAAGAACACCAGCAGCAGCAACACCAGCAUCAACUGGAAAUGGAGGAGGACCUGACACCCACUGCAGAGAGUAAACCCAUUCCAGGGGAGGAGGUAUUGGGUGUUUCAUAUGAGGAAAAAGAGCUGGUUGAAAAGGAGGAAUCACAUGAACAGCUGGAACAUGAGCUGGAGGAGGAAGACGAAGAAGAAGAUGAGAGCACGGCAUGCGAGGAGUACACUGAUGAUGAUAUAGACGAAGCCCUAGCUCAGGAUGAUGAGGAUGAAGUUGUCAUCGAAUCAGCAGAGUCCCAGGAACUGGCAGAGGAAAGGGAAAUGCAGCAGAUAUAUGUCAACGAGCCCAUCACACCCACCGACCAGCAGUUCGACGAGAGUCACUAUCUACCCAUGACGCCCAAGAAAGUGGAACUGGGUCAACCAGGUGUCCUGACCCUAGUUUCCACGAAUGAAUCAUACGCCGAAGAGGAGGAGAAUCACUAUGUGGAGAUGACCAAGGGUAUUCAGGACGAGGAUUGCAAGAGCAACUAUGAGAUAAUGUGCCUGGCCAGCACUAGUUCAAGUGCCUUUAAACUAACCACGAAAACGGAGCCUGUCUACAUGGAACUGGCAGGAGUUAAAGCUGCUCCAACACCAUCCAAUGAGGAAGCCCACUGCUCCUCGGGUCGUUCCACCCUUAAGAAGGGCAAAAAGUCGGGUUCUGAAACCCUGAAGAAGAAGACUAAAAAGCGACAGGGCAAGGACAUGCCGGACAUCCUUAAGCCAGCUAAGAGUGCCUUGGCUUUGGCAAGCGAUAGUUCUGAUGCAGAUGAUGAGAGUAGUCGGCAGCAACUGGAGGCGAAGAAACUGCGCUCCAGAUCACGUUUCAGUUUGUCGGAUACUUUUAGGCCAGCUUCAUACUAUUUGGGAGCCUCAACGCCCCUUAAUAAUUAUGCCGAAAGUUCGGAUAGUGAGAUACUGCCACCACCUCCCAUACCAGAUUCACCACCACCCAUGGAGGAGCUCAAAACGGAAGAGAUCUUCUCAUCCGAGCAUUAUGAUACGGUGAAGCGAAAGGAUAGCAAUGGUAAGGUAAAUCUCUCGUAUGAACAACUGCCCAAGAUGCAUGCCAGCAAUACGUCCCUGAAUUUACCCAAAGCUGUUCCUAGUCCUACCCUAAAGAGUAGUCGCCUUUCCCUACCUGACCACUUUACCAAGGUGCGAGGCAAUCCUCAGCGAUUAAUGGUGACUGCAACGCCACCACAACAACAUCACGCAAGGACCUUAUCCGAUUCGAAUUAUAGUUGUCAACUGACGGAUAAUAGUAGCUCUCGUACCUCCUCCGAUUUGGAUCUAUAUCGCCGAAGAGGUCAGCAGCAGCGUUGCACCAGCAAUAAUUCCCUUCCCCUGAGCAGCGAAAAUGAGUCCGUGGAGUUCCGGCAGAGAUCGGACUCGGAAUUGGAUCGUCAGCGCUCGAGGAGACCCCUAUCCCAGGAAUCCAUCAGUGAGAUUGAGUCGCUUAGCGAACAGUUUGAGGAAACCUUAAGUAGUCAUGAACUCGAUACCUAUCUAAGUCAUUUGCAUUUGUCCACUGGACAGGCCACACCCACCAGUCACCUUCUGAAUGAUGCCAAUGCAGCCGCAGGAGCUGAUAUCCUGACCAAUCUCAUCAAGCCACCGAAAACAUUCAGGAAUGCUGAAGAUGAAGAGCAGCAUUUCUACGGGAACAUACACUUUCUCUCCUCUACAGACUCCAUUCAGCAGUUGGGUGAAGGUGGGGCAGCAGCUCUACGGAUCAUUCAUAGUCGGAAUAACAGCAAUAUAUCGACCCAGUCAGCUCCGUAUUAUUACUCCGAGUUACCAGCUCCUCCGCCACUAAACAAUCAGCGGGAUAUCCAUGCCCAUGGCUUGAAUAUAGCCCAUAUACACAAUCCCAUCGAUCGACAUCAGUUCAAUGUGGAUGCCCUGGUGGACAAGGAUCAGGCCAUAGACAGUAAGAACAUCUACUCUGGUCAGAAGGAUAACAACGAGAAGCUGAGCAACAAGAACCUCAAGCUGAACAAAUCGGUGGAACUGCCGGUGGAGAGCAGUGGUAGUGGUGGUGCACUAAACCCGGUGGUCCAUUCAUAUCUCACAACUACUAAAAACACAAAUCUCGCUCGUAAGACGAUUGGUGGUAGCAACCCGUCGGAUGAUGGCAAUCCUAACGAUGGUGCUGGUGAUGAUACGGAGGAGGCUGACGACAAGAACCCAUCGAAUAAUGUCCAUCCCAACCUCUCAGUUCUAGGUGGCGAGCUGCUCUGGGAGGAGGAUGCCCUGUGGCGGGAGAGUUUGCGUCGGGUAUCCCAGCGACAUGCUAGAUCCCUAGAUGAUCUGGACAGGAUUGCGGCAGCGCCUCCGGUGACAAGUACACCAAAGACCAAGUUAAGUCGCGAGGUGACCUAUGUGAAUGAUAGCCUGAAGCCUCGUCAACAUCAACCAUCCAACGAGCAUGAUGUCUAUGUACAGUUGAUGGACAAUGCCACCUCCUCGGCUCUUGGUCAGGACCAAACGGAUUCCGAUGUCUAUGAGGUGCUGCGCGAGGAGACAGCCUCGAAUUUGUCUCACAAAUCCAACGAGCUGGAUCGCGAGACCAUUCGCCAGUGGGAUGCCAUGUCCAGUGGCCUAAUGAAGAGCCACCACAGCGGUGUGGAGACCACAGUAGCAGGAUCUGUCCACCUGCCCCUCACGAGCAGUGUGCGCUCCAUCGUUCAACAGCUGAACAAUACUUCCAUGGACGAUGCCAAUGGCAAUCCCAUGACGAUGGCCUCGAUAUCGGUGCGAAAUGUUAACAAUCUACCCGUUGGAAAUCUGACGGUGAAACCGGAUCCCUCGGAUGUACAUCAGGAGUCAGCAUUUGCCCCUUACUAUGGUGGAGCGGCGGAGACCAAGUAUGCCAAGAAUACUGUCCUUACGGAUCGUGGUCUUUAUGCCGGAAACGGAUCCGGAUUGGCCACAUCCACGCCCCAAAAUCAUCAGCAGUUCCGGAUGCGGCGCACCGGAAGCAGGGCGGAAAUCGAUAUGCUGGAGCGUGAGACAAGCAGCCAGAUCAGGAAUCGCCUGAGAAGUGCCGAGGGCUUGACUAGAGCCGAAAGCAUCCAGAGAUUGGACUACUUGAAGCAGCAUCUUUUGGACUUGGAGCGGCAUUAUGAGAAGAGCAAGCCGCUGGUCAAUUUGGUGGACAACAUGGUCAAACUGGGUUCCCUCUAUCGAAACGAUGCAAAUGGUAGAGUCCAACCAGCCACCCUGGAUCGCUUGGAGUUCAAUCAGCGAAUGCAGGAGCGUCAAAUGUUGCAGGAGGAGCAGCAGCAGUGGGAGCGUCUCAGUCCCAAUCAGGCUGAGUUACAGGCCAAGGUGCGUGAGCUCUAUCAACUCGAUCAACUACUUCAAGAGGAAUCCGGUACCCUGCAGAGUCUGCAGCGGGACAAGGAGGACCUCGAACGUGCCUUGGGAGGAUUGAGGGCUCGCAUCCACGACAGCAAUGCCACGCCCAUGGCCCUGGAGGCGGCCAAGAAACAGCAGCACAUCCUGGAGCGCGAAUUGUCGCGUGUCCAUCAGCUGCUGGCCGAGAACUCAAAGAAAUUGGAGCAGACAGUGGCGGGAAAUGCUCGUUUGGAGCAGGAGCUUCUCUUACUCCGUCAGAAGGUGCAGGCUACCCGAGGAGCAGCCAGCAAUGGAAUGGGCGGCGAUGGCUCGCACAUUAAUGGUGACCAAACUGCCGCUGUUUUGGCCUCGGAAUUGGAGCGCGUGCAGUCUUUGGUUGGCGAUAUGCAAAGACAACGCCAUGAACUCAGCUCAGCGGUUCGCCAGUUGACGGAAAACUCGACCAGGUUGUACCAGGAGAUUGGCAACAAGGAGAUAAAUGGCGGUGGAUCCACCAAUGGCAGUCUCAAGAAGCGGAGCAACUCCACCAGCUGGACAGAAACCGAUCUGGAUGCCAAUAUGUUACGAUGUGGAAGUCGUCAGCAGCUUAAUGAUUCGACUUUAAACCUAUCCACUCCUCUGUAUGUAGACACUAAUAGCUCGAGCAAGUUGAGUGACUACAACAGGUACAAUGGUGGUGGAAGUAGCGAUGCCCUAGAGAUGAUUGGAGGCGACAGUGAUGGUUACCUGGACAGCAAUCCAUUUGCCAUUGGCCUGGAGAAGCAGGAAAUCAAGACAGUGAGGAUUGUGAAGAGGGAAUCAGAGCGAAGGAAUCGCGAUCGCAGUGAGAGGGGUUUGAGCAGCUCUAUCCAAAAUCUGGAUCAGGUUUUGGAGGAGGAACAAUAUGCCCAACAGCAGAGGGAACAACAGCAAAUGUACGCCCAGGAGGAACCGAUGAGCAAUGGCCACCAAAGUCGCUCCAAAUCCCUGCCACGAAACUACAGUGAGCCCCCGAAGCAGAGACACAGUCGUCAUCUGAAUGGUGCCGCCAAGCAGAAUGGUCAUCACCAUAAUGGUGGCUAUGAUUACGAUCGGAAUAGCAACUACGAGCAUCAACCACCGCCGCCACCGGCACCACAAAGCAAUGGACACCAUCAACAUCCACAAAGGGAGCAGCGGGAGCAUCUUAAUCCCCUGGCCAAUGCCUAUUUCGCUAAGCAACUGCAACAGCAGGUGAAUCCCUCGAGAGACAGUGCCCGUGUGGCUCUUCGUACCAAGACCGAUUCCCUGCAGAGUCUGAACAAGAGUCUCACGGACAUCAGUCCGGAGCCAGUGUUCCAGAGCGUGGCUGCCCGUCAGAUCAUCAACGAAAUGUCCGCUGGUUCUGCAUCCGAGGAUACCGAGAAGGUGGUGGAGAAAGUGCCUCCCCAUCACAAACAUCGCCGGGCUGUACCAAGGGAAAAGAGGCGCCACUACACUGCGCCAAACAAUGUCAACCAGAAGGCCAUGGAGAAGGUGCAGGCUGAGAACGAUAUGAAUCGAAAUAACACCAACUGGCGAGCUCGCGAUGAUCUGGACAUGGAGGUGGCCCUAAGGCCUCGAAUGAAUGCACCUGAUGUGGUUCGUUCUGCUUUGGGACAGGGUGAAAAGAUUUCCGAGAAUACCAUUGAUAACUUGCUCCUGGCACCGAACAAAAUAGUCAUACCGGAGCGUUACAUACCAGAAACUACGCCCGAACUGUCGCCUGAGGAGAAGAAGCGUCGUCAGGAAAAGGUGGAGUCCAUCAAGAAAAUGCUGGCCGAGGCGCCCAUUAGCAGCAAUGAAAAUGAGAGUCUGCCGCCGAGCAAAAUCAACGCCGAAAAGAAGCAGCGCGAGCACCUACUGCAACUCAACCAAAUCCUGGCCCAGCAGGUGAUGCAGGUCAGCAAGAUUGUGGCCGGAAAUCCCACUAGUCACAACUAAUCCGCAAGUAGCCUGUUGACUUGUUUUCUGUUCACCUUUUGUGUUUACCUUUUGCAUUGCAUUUCACUAUGUUUUUUGUUCACGUUGUUUGUUUGCCAAUCGAUAAUUAAGAGGGUUCAUCAAAUGAUUCGCGUUAAAAAAGAUAAACGAAAAUUUGUUGUUCGAAAAAUACGAAACUAAAUAAAAUAAUGUGCAUACCCCAGUACGAUAUACACCUAAGUAUACACAGUAACUACAGCAACGAUAACAGCAAACAAGAACACACGCGAAGUUGAGAUUUACAGCAUGCUAAACUCACAUUAAAAAACUCACUCCAAAUCACAACAAAAAAUACUACUAAAACUACAAAAAAAAAAAUGAGAAAAAGAAACAACAAAACAGCAACGCAAUAGCAACAAGAACAAGUACAACAACAACAACUAGCACAAGAACAACAACAACAACAGUUAUACGAUUGAGUAAGUCCAGGUUUGUACACAUUUCGAUUAUACAAUAAUGAUAAAUAAACAAUAAACCAAUAUUGUAGCUUCCAGGCCAUGCAUUUCAUAUAAUAAUCAAGCCCAAAAACUUUGCUUAGCCUAGAAAUAGAAUAUUAAAUAUUGGCCAAAAAAUAAUCAACCUGCACGCAAUAAAUAUAAUAUAAGAUUUGAAGCUAUAAUUUAAACAAAAAAUGCACACCAACACUAACUCACUAAAUCACACACAAGCAAAACUUAACAAACACUCAAAAUUCAGCAAAAAUUAGAAAAAAAAAACACAAAAUCAAGCACAGAGUUAAAUGUUUUCACUAAAAAGCAAAUUAUAUUGGAAAAUUAGAAAAAAAAAUCGAUCAAAUAGGAGGUUUUUAAUAAAAUAAACUAUUUAAAUAAGUUUAUAAAGAUUGGAAAUAAUAUAAAAGUAAUUAAAACUCUAAUUCUGAAUAUAGAAAAACAUAGCAAUAGCAAAGCAUAAAAGAUAAUAUUAAUAAAUAUUAAAAAAAAAAUUAAAAUUAUUA